AUGUCGAACCCGAACAACCCUCCGCCGGGCUACCGAGCGCCGCCGUUCCCAUCCCUCAGCACGCCCAUGCUCUCCGACAAGACGCCCCAACGACUGCACACAAUCUACUACAUCGAGGACGCGUGGCGCUUCACGUUGCUAUGGACGCUCAUCACCUACGCCGUCUUCCAUGUGGGAGCAGUGCUCGUGGCCGUCGUCACGCAUGGCUGGAAAAAGUCGUCGUGGUCGUACCUCUGGGCGGUGCCGGGCGUCUAUCUCGUCGUGGCGGGACUCGAGGCGGUUCUCGCCGGCAGCGUGGUCGGUCUGGUGCUUGGCGCCGUGUAUAGGGCCGGAUACUACGAGAUGAACACGUGGAUCCCGUGCACCUGGGGUAUCAUCAACGUCUUGACGUUGGUCAUAUCGUCCUUUUCGAUCCAAGGCGGGCUAUGA